GUCCCCUGUUGAUAUGACAGUCGCUACUGCUGGGACACACCAUGCACAGGAGGCAGAAACCCAGUGCUCCAGAACACAAGAAGGAUCUUGCAGCUCAUGGAGGAGCUCUGUCCAUGUCCCACAAUGACACGCGCUCUUUUUUCAACUUCUCUCAGCUUGUGCUCUCUGCUGGCCAUCUCAAAUCACCACCAGUGCUCAAACAUUCAAAAAUCACUUACUUUGAAGUGGAAAUUCUUGAUGUACAAAGCAAGAAGCAGAUCUGCAUUGUGGACAAGGUACCUCCAUCAUCUACCCUUCUUGAUGUGAAACACAAAUUUCACAAAGCAUGUCCCCAGUGGUACCCUUCCCGUGUUGGCCUGCAACUAGAACGCAAUGGGCCCUAUUUGAAGGAUUCCAUUAACAUUCAAAGCCUUGCCGCUUCCUCCAUCAUUACACUGUAUUUUACAGACCUGGGUCAGCAAGUCGGUUGGACCACAUUUUUUCUAACAGAAUACACUGGGCCUCUUCUAAUAUAUCUGCUCUUUUACAUUCGUCUCUCAACGAUUUAUGAUCAAGUGGAAAGUAUGAAGAACUUCCGUCACCCAGUGGUUCACUUGGCCUGCUUCUGCCAUUGCUUACACUACAUCAGACAUCUUCUGGAGACGUUAUUUGUUCACAAGUUUUCAGGAGGGCACACUCCUCUGAAAAAUAUGAUAAAGGGCUGUGCCUUUUACUGGGGAUUCACUUCCUGGAUUGCAUACUACAUCAACCAUCCAUGGUAUACACCACCAUCAUUUGGCCACAGACAAGUUUCUUUUGCUGCCCUUGCUUUUCUGAUGUGUGAAGCUGGAAAUCACUUUAUCAACGUAGCUUUAGCUCACCAAAAUCAUUCAGGGAGUAAAGCCUGUUUUCCAAGUCCAACCUACAACCCCUUCACGUGGCUGUUCUUGCUGGUAUCCUGUCCCAACUAUACAUAUGAGGUUGGGUCUUGGAUUAGCUUCACAGUGAUGACACAAACCCUGCCAGCUGGAAUUUUUGCUUUCCUGAUGGUCAUCCAGAUGUCUCUCUGGGCCCAAAAGAAACACAAGCUGUACCUGAAGAGAUUUUAUCCAGAGGUGCGGAGAAAGGCAGCUAUGAUUCCUAUCAUCUUCUAAGCUCUUCACAAGAGUUGGAGCCUAAGUGUACAGCACAAGAGCUAACUCUGAGUAAAUGAGCCAUUUCAUUCAGUAACCAAAGUGGAUCAGAAGAAUAACUACUGGAUAUCUUUUUCAGAAAAUUAACAGUUCAAGAUGACGAGCUUUUAAUUAAGUGAAAAAAUGUAGCUCUUGAAUUCUUGGUUCCUGCUAAAAGAUAUGAUUUAAUUAGAUUUUCUGUAAUGGAGCUAAUUGGGAAGGGACAAGAAAAUUGCUUAUAUUGAAUACUAGGCUAGAUAUUUAGCUGGUGUAAAUGGGCACAGAUGCUGUUAAAAUUAAUGAAUACAGCUCAUAUGCAUGCAUUCAGGUCUGGUGAUUUUAAGGUUCAGUGUUAGAUAUUGACGAGUCUUGGAUUUUUGCACUGGAAGAUGUUUCACAGGCUUUUAUUAAACUGCACAGAAGGAGCACGUUCUGCCUCAGCUCCUCUAAAGCAUCACAUCAAAGAAUGACCGCUAUGCUGUUCUUUCUUUCUUUCUUUCUUUCUUUC